GGAACAACCUCGGCUCUUCACUUCCUAGUGUGGCGUCGGACUCUCUCCGUUCAACACAUGCAGUCCGGGCCCGGAGGUAGAAAGAUCCAAUCUGUCCGCUGCUCUCACUGCGGGAUUACAGGAGAGGUGGCGCGAUUUGGGGGAAUUGAAAAGUUUGGAUUAUGUUAAGUUUUUCACCGCGUCACAGGACGGAGAGGCUUUGAUUCGCUUUUUCCUUCACCUGGAAGCAUAAAGUCUGCGCUGCGGCCGCACACCGGGCCUACCUGUGCGGUCUUGUCCGCACCUCAAGGAGGGGAGGGCGCGACGCCAGUAGGCAUACCUUUUGCCUUAUAAGUUUCUCUCUCUCUCUCUUCCUUCCUUCCUUUCUUUUUACUCUGCUGCACCCCAUUUCUCUCUCUCUCUCUCCCUCCUCGCUCUUCACAAGCCGGCGGAUAAGGGAUCUAAACGCCGAAAUGUCGACAAACGAAAGGGCAACCCGAGCUCUUAAAGAGAUUCUGCAAAAGCCGGGAAAUGACGUCUGCGCAGACUGCGGCGCGCUGGGUAGGUGGAAGAAAAUCAGCGUUGCCUGUUCCAAUCCGGGUUGGGGCUCCUGCUCCCUUGGUGUGUUCAUCUGUCUGGACUGCUCUGGAAUCCAUCGCAACAUCCCCGAAAUCUCCAAAGUCAAGUCCCUGAGACUGUCCCACUGGGAGGACCAGGAGGUUCAGUUCAUGGCUGAAAAUGGAAAUGAGCUAAUGAAGGCAAAAUAUGAGGCGGAUGUUCCUGUCUACUACUACAAACCAACCCACAAGGACUGUCAGGUGCUGAGAGAGCAGUGGAUCAGAGCGAAGUACGAGAGGAAAGAGUUCUCGAAACCUGGGAAGAGCUUGACGUACGAAUCAGAAACGAGAGAGGGCACAUUGAUGAAAAGGGGGCGGGACAACGGGCAGUUUCUGAACAGGCGAUUCGUCCUUUCUGAACGAGAGGGCAAUCUGAAGUACUACACCAAAUAUGAUGCUAAGGAGCCCAAAGCAGUGAUUAAGGUGGACACCAUCAAUGCGACGUUCCAGCCAGAAAAGAUCGGAAAUCCCAACGGCCUGCAGAUCACCUACCUUAAAGACUACAGCACCCGGAAUAUCUUUGUGUAUCAUGACAGUGGCAAGGAAAUUGUUGACUGGUUUAAUUCAAUCCGUGCCGUUCAGCUUCAGUAUCUAAGAGUGGCCUUUCCCGGCGCAACUGAUGCCGAGCUCGUACCCAAACUUACUCGAAACUUUGUCAAAGAAGGAUACAUGGAAAAAACCGGCCCCAGGCAAACCGAAGGCUUCAAGAAGCGCUGGUUCACACUGGAUCAGAGACGGCUGAUGUACUUCAAAGAUCCACUGGAUGCCUUCGCUAAAGGUGAGGUAUUCCUGGGGAACAAUGACAACCAUUACAGUGCUUCUGCCGGCUUACCACCUGGGACCCACUGCAACGGCGCUUGGCAAUAUGGCAUCACUAUAGAAACACCUGACCGCUCCUUCCUGUUUACGUGCGAGACGGAGAGUGACCAACUGGAUUGGCUGAAGCACUUCAAGAAUGUCAUGAACACUCAGAUGUCCCCUCAGGAUUACACAAUGGAGGCCCUGUUAAAGCACCGACACUGACAGACCAGAGGCCGUUUCUCCCCUCAACACCCACCAUCAGUCUGACGGGCCCAACACCGACCCUGCUACUCACAAGCUGGCGCACGUCACAUUAUCCCAAAAAUGUGGACUUCUGGAGUAAAAGUGAGAACAAAUGUACCAAAGCAUUGUCUGAUAGGGUUAACUGUGCUUUAAUUUUGAUACCACUUUUUUAUUUUUUUUGACCCGUGUAUCAUGAAAGCUUUUUACCGUAGAACAAAGUUAGUUACGUGUCCCGAGUCAGUCACAAGGACAUGUUUUCUAUCUUUAUUACUUGUGGCUUAUGGCUAAUGGUGUAUAAUAAUAAUAAUAAUAAUAAUAAUAAUAACAUGCAACAAUAAACUGUUGUGUGAAAUGUUGACACUAGUAAUUAAUUGAAUCCAUAUAAGUAUAUUCUAUCUAUCUCUCUCUAUCCAUCUGUCUAUCUAGCUACAAAGCACGCUAGUUAUUUUUGUAGCUAACUAGCUACAAAACUAGCUAUUCUUUUAGCUAGCUAGCUGACUAUUUUUGUAGCUAGCUAGCUAUUUUUUUUGGCUAAAUAGAUAUUUUUCUAACUAGCUAGCUUAAAUUAUGUGAUGGUAAAAGAUGCUUUUUUCCUAUUGUGUUGGCUAUUUCUGCCCAAGUGUUUAUGUUUUGAAUUUGUAAUUUCUUUUUUACUGCUAGUAAAGUUUUAGGUAUUUGCACGGUUAUGGGAAACACUAUGGUCAAAGCUUUAUGGAUACCCAAAUGUUGGAGCUUUUUUUUUUUAGCUGCUGUGGUUACAAGGCUUGGUAUUCUGUACAGUAAAUUACAAAAAAAGAUUUCUUUUUUGCAAUGUUCCUAUGGGUCGAAAUGUUGUCAUUUAUUAGAGAA